AAGAGCACAAACAAGGUGGUUACAUACAGAGAGAUCAGGAGUUGAGUUCCAAUGGAUACACAAGGAACUUCUUUGGAUUCAGCUUCGUGUGCUAUCGAGCACAAGGCCUUUGCCAGGGUAGGACUGCUUGGAAACCCGAGCGACGUAUACUACGGCCGGACGAUCUCUUUCACGCUCGGCAACUUCUGGGCUUCCGUCCGUUUGCAGCCGUCGGAGGAGCUCGUCAUCCAGCCCCACCCCACCCACGAUCUCGUCCAGUUUCGCUCCCUAGAUCACCUGGUCCUUCCUUCCUCUCCAUCUCUCUCAAAUUAUAUAUACAUUUGCAUGACUAUGCAUGGGUGGGUCUUUGUUUUGGUGUGCUUGAUCUGGAAAUCGAAGAUCCGGGUUCUGGUGAAUCGAUUGAAUAAUGAAGGUUAUUAUGGGGGUGUACGAUUACUUAUGGCAAUUUGUAAAGUGUUUCAUAAUUAUUGCAAAGAUAACAAGAUUGACAUUCAUGGGAAAAAGUUCACUCUAUCCUAUGACACUAAUAUCCCUCGCCAGACAGGACUUUCAGGUUCUAGUGCUAUUGUCUGUGCUGCCCUAAGCUGCCUUCUUGACUUCUACAGAGUUAGGCAUUUGAUUAAAGUCGAGGUCAGACCUAAACUUGUCCUUGCUGCCGAGAAGGAACUUGGUAUUGUUGCUGGUCUCCAAGACAGGGUGGCACAGGUUUAUGGGGGUCUUGUGUACAUGGAUUUUAGCAAGGAAUACAUGGAUGACCUGGGGCAUGGCAUCUAUACACCCAUGGAUAUUAGUCUUCUCCCACCUCUUUAUCUCAUCUAUGCGGAGAAUCCUAGUGAUUCAGGGAAGGUUCACAGUACCGUACGCCAAAGGUGGCUCAGUGGUGAUGAGUUUAUAAUAUCAUCAAUGAUAAAAGUUGCAAAUAUAGCAAAAGAAGGAAGGAAAACAUUACUAGAAAAAGACUAUUCAGAACUUGCAAAGCUCAUGAAUCAUAAUUUUGAUCUUCGGAGGAGCAUGUUUGGCGACGAUGCGCUUGGUGCUUUAAAUAUAAAAAUGGUGGAGGUUGCAAGAAAGGUGGGUGCUGCAUCAAAAUUCACAGGUAGUGGAGGAGCUGUAGUUGCAUUCUGCCCCGAUGGGCCUCCACAAGUAAAGCUUCUGGAGGAUGAAUGUCGGAAAGCUGGUUUUAUUGUUGUGCCAGUGGAAGUUGUUCCCUCUUGUCUAAAUGCCGAUGAGCUUCAAACCCUGAAAAUAUAGUGUGUUGGAAUCACUCCCCCCCCUGCUUCCCUCUUUCUCCCAUAAACCAGAAGAGAUCAUACGAUCCCAUUCGUUUAAAACCUUCAAUUUAUUUAUUCUUAUUGCUUCUGUUUGAUUUUACCAUAUCCAAUGAUGGAGCACAUUGUACUUCUAAACUCCUUUUAGAAUGGUAAGAAGCACAAAAUUCGAAUGUAUGGAUGCCAAACUUUCUGGUUGCACUCGAGUAGAUCGUGUGCGGUUGGCCUCAUAUUCAUAUAAUGGCAGUCAGUAUUUUUCAGUGGGAGCAAUGAAGGAAACUGUUGAUAAUCAUUUUGAUCAUAAA